CCUUCUUACCUUCUCACAGUAAGGAAGCUUAGCAGGAAGAUGAGGUCACACGCCUACAUCCACACACCUGCCCUCCUCUCCGCGAUUUUUUUGAUCAAACUCCAAAAACCUCCUGGUUAGUUGUUUUAAUUCCUUGCUUCACUUUAACAUAUCCUCUCCUCUACUACCUACCUGUGUACUUCUGCCAUUGUAUCUCCAUAGUUUCCUCUCUCCCUCAGCGUUAGCCUCCUCUCUGCCGCGUGGCACACAUGCACAGCUUAUCCAUGUCCUCACAAACCUGGCAGCAUUCCUUAAUUUUUCAAGCUGGAGGAGCAAAGAGUAGAACCAGAAACAAUCAGCUACGCAGGACUCAAAACUCAUUCCAGAUUUUAAGAGGUCAAAGUCGAACCAACUCCAGCAUCGGAACAUGAGUGGCUGUGUGGGAACAAAGGAGUGAGCCCGGAUCAUCUGGCUGCUCCAAUGGCGUUAACCGACCCUCGGUUUCACCCAGAGCCCAAACCAACACGGAACAAAAUCAGGAAUAUUACGCAGAGAUUCUCCUCCAUCACUUGUAAAUAUUACCUUCCCGUCUUUCUUCUUCUCACUGCCUUCGUGAACCCGAGCACAGCCGGACCGCCCCAGCCAGCUAUGCCCCCUCUUCUGUCUGGACAGCCUUUCAUCAUCUUCUGGGGCAUCCCAGAUUCGUUCUGCUCCACGAGGCCGGAUCCGAGAUCUUAUGGAAUGGAGCGCAAGGGCAGGGUAGCCGUCUUUUAUGAAGACACUUUGGGAAACUAUCCCUAUUUCAUAGAUAAAGACACAGCGGUCAACGGGGGCCUUCCACAACACACCAAACUGGAGAGUCAUAUUCAGAAGACACUGCAGGACAUAGGCGAGGCCUUACCUGCUCCCAGGUACUUGGGUCUAGGCGUGCUGCGGUGGGAGGCCUGGGCUCCACAGUGGGCAAGAAACAAGGAGAAGCAAGAGGUUUAUCGAGAGGCAUCAAGGACAUUGCUCAAGUCCUUCUUUCCCAGCUGGACCCCAGAGGAGGUGGAGAAAUGGUCAAAGGUGGACUUUGAAGCAGCGGCCCAGUCAGUACUGACCGAAACGCUGCAGGAGAUCAGAAGGUUAAGGCCCAAAGCAUUGUGGGGGGUGUCUCCUUACCCCAGCUGCUACAACGGCGGCCCAAACCAAACUAUGUUGGACGGUUACACCGGCCAGUGCCCGUCAGCAGACGCGGCCAUGAACGACGAACUUCUGUGGUUAUGGAAACGAAGCUCGGCCAUUUACCCACUGCUCACCCUGGAGAAGCUGCAGAGUGGAACACCAGGAGCCAAGCUUUAUUUGUCCAGUCAAAUCAGAGAAGCACUGAGAGUUUCCUCUGUGACUGGAUCUGCAUUUGACCUGCCUGUUUUCCCUCUGGUCAAGACCUUCUACGCCUCCACUAAUACCUUCCUCUCUCAGGCAGACCUGGUCAACACUAUAGGAGAGAGCGCUGCCAUGGGAACAGCCGGUGUUGUUAUCUGGGAGAGAAGCGAGACGAAGACGGAGAGAGAGUGCCAGGAUUUGGCAGAGUUCAUCCGCAACGUCCUGGGACCGUACUCCGUCAACGUGACCACGGCCGCCCGCCUGUGUUCAUCCUCGCUCUGCCAGGGACGAGGGCGGUGUGUCCGACAAAACCCAGAGAGCUCGGCCUACCUUCACCUCCCACCAGCUGCUGACGUGCCAGAAAAGGCGACCGAGAAGGCAGUGAGCGAGAAAGCGACGAAUCCCCCGGACGUGGAAACUAAAGCAGUCGAACCGGACCCAGCGGAGCUCUGGAAGAAAGACUUCCAGUGUCAGUGGUACCAGAGUUCAGACGAGGACAUCUCCGACCAGCAGUCUCCGAAAGACGGCGCUUCUAUCGGAGGGCCUUUUAACAGAAACGCUGGAGGUGUUUCCCGCGCAACAACCGCAUCUUCCAUCGCGUCAAUUUCAAAAGGUGCCUCAGAGUCAAAGGGAAGUCCGUCCGCGCUUCCUGGGAGUCCGAUGCCUUCAGUCGGAGGGGCUACAGACUGUAGUACCACUUUCCUCAGUUCCACCAGACUAACUGUUCUACUGUCGCUGCUGGCUGCAUGCCUGGAACCUUAAAUUACGGACAGAGCUGGCCUUCAACUGGAAGCUCAGGUCAACAGAAGUGCCCUGGAUAGAGGGGAGAACUCCAACUUCAGAAUCAUAGUGAGAGUGAUUUCAUUUUAGCACUUUGAGUCCAACUGUUUCUCCAGGACGUGCCAAAAAAAACUGUCCCAAAAAUGAGCCACCUUUUCAGUUUCAAUGAUUCAGUAUGUGUAAAGAAAUGCGGUUCCAUCUGGAUAUUUUCGGUGAAACAGAAAAGAUGCAAAGGAACUUUCAUAUUGGAUAACUUUGGGUUCAAGUGCCUAAAAGAGAUGUUGAUGAGAGGAUGUCUCUCAGAGUAGAUUUGCUGUCAUGUGUGAGCCACGAUACUACGUGUAACAAUAACCACCUGUACGUUCAUAUCAACCACAUAAAGGACAUUUCUCUCUGAACUUUGUGCCCGAACGAACAUUUUGUUGAUUGGUUUCAACAUGAGGGACCUUGAAGCGGUCCCUCAUGUUGAAACACAGGUGAGAUCAGAAUGGAGCCUGAAGUCACCCUGUUAUGAGGUGCAAGUUACCAGUAACAGUCAUCGAGGGCACAGGAAAAAUGAGUCAUCACACAAUACUGACACAAAGGUCAUGUAAAUUUAUUCAUUGAUCUUCCUUAAAAUAUACACUCAGGAGGGUGACAGGUAUCUAAAUUAGUUACAGAAAUGUACACAGAUGCAUCAGAUGAAACGGCAGACAUUGAUAUUUACGAUGAACAUUAAAGUAAUCUGGUGUUCCCCGGGCACAUGCACGGAAAUGAUUCCCUCAGCUUCCAACGAAUGGGGUCGAAUUCUGAUGAGGAGGAUUUCACGCUCUUUGACAUACAGGUUUUGCAAAUGAAAAGGUUUGUUUACCAUCUGCAAGUAAAAGCCAAUGACAAGAGAGUCAAAAUGUCAUCCUGAAUAAUAUUCAUAACCUAAAAUCAUUGCGAUAAAAUAGAUUUGAAAAUGGAAUGAAUCCAGACAGUUGAAGGUUUAACUUCCGCAAUGUUUUUACAGCAAUGUUGGCUCUAUAGGUUUAAUCCUCAGCAUCACUUACCGGUCCUGCAGUUCUGCUCUUCUCCAGACCAGAAGCUGGCUGGCUUAUCAGUUAGACAAACUCACUGCAACUGCCGAUGAAGUACACCGUAUUCAGUAGUUCAAGUCAGCUUGUGCAGGUCGGUUAAGGGUUCAAAGGAAUUCAUCAUAAAGCUACAGCUAAAGAAACUGGAGAAUACAGUUAUUUACU